AUGCGGUACACUAUCCGGCAAGUAACAGUAAGGACAAACGACCUCCGAGUACGGACAAUUAACUUUUACGAUCUGAGAUUGAGUCGAAGACAGAUCCAUGCCCCACCGCUGACAUAUAUUCUCCUCCAGCGACCCCAUCUGCUCCAGGCUCCGGCAGGAGAUGAGAAUAAUGAUCUCCUUCCUGGAAGGCACGUGGGCCUGCUCUGGAGGAGAUUAGCAAGCCCUGAUAACCUGCAAGCGUUCGAUCAAGGCCUACCUCCAGGUCGGCAUAUUAUAGGCCCCGAAGAAACACGCAAUCAACAGUAUGCUGAGGACCAUAGUGAUGUAGCAGACAUCCGGUGUACACCUCGCUCCUUAAACACUCCAGAGCAGAGAGGUACCUUACUAGAUCCACUGGACAGAGGUUCUUGGAGGACCUCCGAACUCGCCGAACUGGCUGGAGCCAUAACUAAGCGAAAGGACCGCCGUGCUAACUACCCUGCAACUCGAUUAUCUUCCAGGACGGAAAACCCAUCAGCUGUGGAAAUUGUGUCCAGGAGAAGAUUAGGAGGAAAUUCGACCGCGGGAGCUGUUUUCACUACGUAG